AUGGUUGGCGAGGUUGAUAUUGAGUACGUUUUGACAACAGCUAGAAAUAUAGAAUCUAAUUUUACCGAUGAAGUUAACGCUGGUCUCAUAGAUGUGAUUUCACCAUUGAAAUAUUAUUAUCCGACUGAAGAAAUCCCCGCGACUCUCGGAGACUCUGUCAAACGAACAUUGUGGAGAGCUAAGCAUGUCCUUGAUUGUGUAUACGUUAUGGCGUAUGGUCAUACCAAAGGUAGUUAUUAUUUAAUAAUGGAAGAUGACAUUAUCGCAAAGAAGGGGUACUUAACGGAAAUAAAACAAGUCAUAGGGUUUACAUCAAGGUACAAUAAAAACUGGCUAAUCAUAGAGUUCUGUCAGCAGCUCAAUGGCAUGGGAAAAUUGCUGCGGUCCUCUGAUGUUGAUCAUUUCAUUAAAUAUUUGCAGUUGUUUUAUUACAAUAUGCCUUUAGAUUUUCUGAUUGAAAGCUAUCUUCAAGAUAAAGUGUGCGGCAUUACCAAACGCAAGAAAACAUGUGAUGCUAUUGUUAAUGGUAUUAGAGCUAAAAGCACUUAUUCCUUAUUCAGUCACAUAGGACUAUAUUCUUCACUUAAAGGAAAAAUACAAAAGGUCGAGAUUCAACUGGUGACAAAAGAGAGGACAUGA